CAUCAACUCAGGGUUGUUGUGAGGAUUAGAUGAGAUACAAUGUAUAAAGCACCUGGCCUGUCAUUCAUUAAAUGCCAUGUAAGUAUUAGCGAUUCCUAUAUCAUUAGGUGUGUGAGCGAGCUGGGACAAAUGUGUGUACACAUGUCUACAUAAGGGUUUGUCCAGGCCUCCAGGACGUGGUGGCUUCCUGGCCAGCCCUGCUGUCCUGUGUCUGGUUCUGAUAUCUUCUCCCCUCCAGGCCCAGGUGACUGGCAGAGCAAAGGAGGAAUGGACUGUGGGCCACCUGCCACCCUCCAGCCCCACCUGGCUGGACCACCUGGUACUGCCUGCCACCCAAUAGCUGUGUGCCAGCAGGAGAGUCUUUCCUUUGUGGAGUUGCCCACCCUGCAGCCCCCAAGCUCUGUGUGUCUGGAUCUCUUUCCUGUCACCCCAGAGGAGCUGCAGGCUCCUGGCAGCCGCUGGUCCCUGGGGACCCCUGCUCCUCUCCAAGGGCUGCUAUGGUCACCGUCCCCAGGAGUCCCAGACACCGAGUUCUCUCCCAGUGGGGGGAUGCGGCCCAGCAGGGCUGGCAGCUGGCCACACUGUCCUAGUGCCCAGCCCCCACCUCUGGAGGGACCCUGGAGUCCCCAGCACCCACAGCCUCAGCGCCGGGCCAGCCAUGGCUCAGAGAAGAAGUCAGCCUGGCGCAAGAUGCGGGUGUACCAGAACGAAGAGGCCCCUGGCAGCCCCGAGGCCCACGCUGUCUUCCUGGAGCCUGGCCAGGUGGCAGAGCCGCCUCUGAGCACAGAGGAGCCUCGGCCUCUAGAGCUGGCGGGGCCCACCCGAGGGGGCCUGGAGGGGCCCGAGCGGAGGCGCUUCUCGGCCUCUGAGCUGAUGACCCGGCUGCACUCUUCCCUGCGCCUGGGGCGGCACUCAGCAGCCAGAGCCCUGGCCCAAGGGGCAGGCGCUGGAGCAGCCCGGGAAGGGAAAGCGUCUGGCAGGGAGCCGCGCAGCGCAGAGAUGAGGGUGGACGGCGCGGCGACGGCAGCCCCUGUGGACCCCAGCGGGAGCCCCAACAGCGGGCCCGCGUCCAGGCUGGAAUCGCAGGAAGAGCCGGCUCAGGGUUCCAGAAGCGCCAGCGAGCGACGACAGUCACGGUUCCUCCUUAACUCUGUCCUCUACCAGGAAUACAGCGACGUGGCCAGCGCCCGCGAGCUGCGGCGGCAGCAGCGCGAGGAGGAGGGCCCGGGGGACGAGGCCGAGGGCGCGGAGGAGGGGCCCGGGCCGCCGCGCGCCAACCUCUCCCCCAGCAGCUCCUUCCGCGCGCAGCGCUCGGCGCGAGGCUCCACCUUCUCGCUCUGGCAGGACAUCCCCGACGUGCGGGGCAGCGGCGUCCUGGCCACGCUGAGCCUGCGCGACUGCAAACUGCAGGAGGCCAAGUUUGAGCUGAUCACGUCCGAGGCCUCAUACAUCCACAGCCUGUCGGUGGCCGUAGGCCACUUCCUGGGCUCAGCUGAGUUGAGUGAGUGUCUGGGGGCGCAGGACAAGCAGUGGCUGUUCUCCAAACUGCCCGAGGUCAAGAGCACCAGCGAGAGGUUCCUGCAGGACCUGGAGCAGCGACUGGAGGCAGAUGUCCUGCGCUUCAGCGUGUGUGACAUUGUGUUGCACCACUGCCCUGCCUUCCGCCGAGUCUACCUGCCCUACGUCACCAACCAGGCCUACCAGGAGCGCACCUACCAGCGCCUGCUCCUGGAGAACCCCAAGUUCCCUGGCAUCCUGGCUCGCCUAGAGGAGUCUCCCGUGUGCCAACGCCUGCCCCUCACCUCCUUCCUCAUCCUGCCGUUCCAGAGGAUCACCCGCCUCAAGAUGCUGGUGGAGAACAUUCUGAAGCGGACAGCACAGGGCUCUGAAGACGAAGACAUGGCCACCAAAGCCUUCAAUGCGCUCAAGGAGCUGGUGCAGGAAUGCAACGCCAGUGUGCAGUCCAUGAAGAGGACGGAGGAGCUCAUCCACCUGAGCAAGAAGAUCCACUUUGAGGGCAAGAUCUUCCCACUGAUCUCCCAGGCGCGCUGGCUGGUGCGGCACGGGGAGCUGGUGGAGCUGGCCCCGCUGCCCGCGGCGCCCCCGGCCAAGCUGAAGCUGUCCAGCAAGGCGGUCUACCUGCACCUCUUCAAUGACUGCUUGCUUCUCUCCCGACGGAAGGAGCUGGGCAAGUUUGCCGUUUUUGUCCACGCCAAGAUGGCCGAGCUGCAGGUGAAGGACCUGAGCCUGAAGCCCCAGGGCAUCCCUGGCCACGUGUUCCUCCUUCAGCUCCUGCACGGGCAGCACACGAAGCACCAGUUCCUGCUGAGGGCCCGCACCGAAAGUGAGAAGCAGCGAUGGAUCUCUGCCAUGUGCCCCUCCAGCCCCCAGGAAGACAAGGAGGUCAUCAGCGAGGGGGAAGACCGCCCCCAGGUUCAGUGUGUCCGGACAUACAAGGCCCUGCAGCCGGACGAGCUGACCUUGGAGAAGACUGACAUCCUGGCAGUGAGGACCCGGACCAGUGAUGGCUGGCUGGAGGGCGUCCGCCUGGCAGACGGCGAGAAGGGGUGGGUGCCCCAGGCCUACGUGGAAGAGAUCAGCAGCCUCAGUGCCCGCCUCCGAAACCUCCGGGAGAAUAAGCGGAUCACAAGUGCCACCAGCAAACUGGGGGAGCCCCCUGCGUGAUGGGCAGCCGUGGCUGGGACCCCAGCUCCGUGCCCGCUCCGGGACAGGUCCGGGGGGGACCUGCAGUGUCUCCAUUCCCCAAGCCUCUGCUGCUGGGACUUCUGCUCUGUGGCCCGGCAUCGAGAGGACAGCUGUUCCCUUGCUUCUCGGUGUCCACUCUUCAGGGCCGGGGGCGGUUCCCUCCGCUGGCAUGGGGGCCGCAACAGGGGCCUCUGAUAUCUGGCAAGGAUUGGGGCCCUCUGUCUUCCGUGUCCUUGACCCUGCGUGACUCUUGGUCCCUUCACCAGGGGCCUGGCAGGGAAAGGCUCCGGUACUAAUGGGCCCUGCAGCCUGUGUAUCUGGGGUCUUCUGGCCAGAGCCUGUGUGGGUCCUGGUUGUGACUUGUCUGUAAAUAAACUCCCAUCAUGCCUUU